CGGCAAGAAGCGAGGACUGCGCGGGGCGGGCUGGGUCCUGGCGCGGCUGCGGCGCGUUACAUCGUCCUCGCACCGGUCCGCGCCGCCGCGGCCGAGCCGCCAGCAUGUUCAGGAUGCUCAACAGCGGGUUCGAGGACGACCCCUUCUUCUCUGAUUCUUUUCAUGCACACCGAGAUAGUAUGCGACAGGUGAUGAGAAGUUUUUCUGAACCUUUCGGAAGAGACUUGCUUGGCAUCUCUGAUGGGAGAAGUGACAGAAGAAGAGCUCGUAAUGGUUCAGGACGUGAUGAUGGGGAAAAUUUUCUGACUGCAGUGAAUUCUCUUGUGCCUUUUGGCAGUUUUGGUGGUAUGCAUACAGAAAUCAGCCCUUUUCAGGCAAUGGACCGAAUGAUGUUAAAUAUGCGAAACAGUAUGCAGGAAUUACAAAGAAACUUUGGUAACCUUUCAAUGGAUCCCAACGGACAUUCGUUUACUUCUUCCUCAGUUAUGACUUAUUCCAAAGUAGGAGAUGAACCGCCAAGGGUUUUCCAGGCCUCAACUCAAACCCGUCAGGCUCCAGGAGGAAUAAAGGAAACUAGGAAAGCAUUGAGAGAUUCUGACAGUGGACUAGAAAAAAUGGCUGUUGGUCAUCAUCUCCAUGACAGAGCUCAUGUUAUCAAAAAAUCAAAGAACAACAAGACUGGAGAUGAAGAGGUCAACCAGGAGUUCAUCAAUAUGAAUGAAAGUGAUGCUCAUGCUUUUGACGAUGAGUGGCAAAAUGAGAUUUUAAAGUACAAACAAGGGAGACAGUGGUGCAAUCUAGAAAACACCAGGAUGCCCCGAAGUGUUGGGCAUGAGAAUUCAGGAGCCCGAGAACUUAAAAGAAGGGAGAAAUCUCAAUGCCCAGGCAUUGAACGUGGAAGAAGAUCAAAUGUUUUCGUGGACAAACUCAACAUCAAAGGAUCACCUGUGAAAAUGAGCAAAAAAUAAACAGCCUUGCAUUU